UCAUCAAUGUUUAUUGUUGACGCCAAAAGAUUUCCGAAAUUUGAAUGAGACGUGAUCUCGCCUCUAUAUAUAUAUAUAUCACUGCAUAUACUGAUACAUCACCGCCUAAUUUCACCAAUACACCAACACUUCUCCAAAAUUUUCCAAUUUCUCUCGUUCUUCGCCCUUUCUCUCUAUUCUUUGCAUGAACUUUCUCUCUCUAGAAAGCUAUUUGAGUUUUUCUAUUGUCCACAAACAUCAUGGCGAUAUUAGACGCGCCGGAGAGUGUAGGCACGACCACAUCGGAUCUAAGCCACUCGGUUCACCGGAGAUCGACUGCGAAUACUCCCAAGGCUGGAGCUCGAGCUGAAUCGAGUUCGAAGGCGUCGUCGUUGCAGGCCGAGAGUGUGGUGAAUACGGAAAGUAAUCAUGAUCGGAUUGGAACGAAUGGCGUUGGAGUCGACUCGACGAGUGAGCUAAGUAAAUCGGAACAUGAAUCCAGUAAUGGAAAAGGCGGUGCUGAAAAGGUUGGAAUUGGAAAUGGAGACGAUAGAGAGACGGAAGGGUUAUCGAAAUUCGUGUAUCGGCCGUCGGCUCCGGCUCAUCGGAGAAUCAAAGAGAGUCCUCUUAGCUCCGACGCAAUAUUCAAACAAAGCCAUGCAGGUCUCUUCAACCUGUGUAUAGUGGUGCUUGUUGCUGUAAACAGUAGACUUAUCAUCGAGAAUCUGAUGAAGUAUGGCUGGUUAAUUAGGUCUGGUUUUUGGUUUAGUUCGAGAUCAUUGAGGGAUUGGCCUCUUCUAAUGUGCUGUCUUACUCUUCCAGUUUUCCCACUUGCUGCCUUUAUUGUUGAAAAGCUGGUGCAACAGAAGUACAUAUCUGAACCAAUGGUUGUCAUUCUUCACAUAAUAAUAACCACAGCUGCAGUUUUGUAUCCUGUUUUUGUCAUUCUCAGUUGUGAUUCUGCUGUUCUAUCAGGUGUCACGUUAAUGCUCUUUGCUUGCAUUGUGUGGUUAAAGUUGGUAUCUUAUGCGCAUACCAAUUAUGAUAUGAGAGCACUUGUGAAGUCAAUUGAUAAGGGGGAAGCCUUCUCUAGUAAUUUGAAUAUGGAUUGCUCCUACAAUGUUAGCUUCAAGAGCUUGGUAUAUUUUAUGGUAGCUCCCACAUUAUGUUACCAGCUGAGCUAUCCCCGCACUGCAUGUGUUCGAAAGGGUUGGGUAGUUCGUCAACUCUUCAAGUUGGUGAUAUUUACUGGAUGCAUGGGAUUCAUUGUUGAACAAUACAUCAAUCCAAUUGUCCAGAAUUCACAGCAUCCUUUGAAGGGGAACCUUUUAUAUGCCAUAGAGAGGGUUUUGAAGCUCUCAGUUCCAAAUUUAUAUGUGUGGCUCUGCAUGUUUUACUGCUUCUUCCACCUUUGGUUAAAUAUACUUGCCGAGCUUCUUUGCUUUGGCGAUCGUGAGUUCUAUAAAGAUUGGUGGAAUGCAAAAACAGUUGAGGAGUAUUGGCGAAUGUGGAAUAUGCCUGUUCAUAAAUGGAUGGUCCGCCAUAUUUAUUUUCCAUGCUUGCGGAAUGGGAUACCUAAGGGAGUUGCCGUUCUGAUUGCAUUCAUUGUAUCUGCCAUUUUCCAUGAGUUAUGCAUUGCUGUCCCCUGCCACAUAUUCAAGUUUUGGGCAUUUAUUGGAAUUAUGUUUCAGGUCCCAUUGGUCAUGGUCACAAAUUACCUACAAGAUAAGUUCGGAAACUCUAUGGUGGGCAAUAUGAUGUUCUGGUGCUUUUUCAGCAUUCUUGGUCAACCUAUGUGCUUGCUACUUUAUUACCAUGACUUGAUGAAUAGAAAAGUGAACGCCAGAUAAACUUUCUGUUGGGUAAGUAUCAUUGAGUGACUAGCUCUGGAAUUCAACUUGCCCAUAGAAGUUGGCUCUUAUCUCGUUCAGAGGAACUUCAUCUGUCAUCUAUCAAUGCGCUGCUGUGGGUUGUAUUGCCUCUGAAAUACAUGUAUACGUGUCCACCAUGGCCAGCAUACAUUCUCCUCACGAGCUGAAUCCUUGUCAAUUUAGAGCAGGAAGAAAACAGUUGUUUCGUAGUGUAGACUCUGCGCGAAUAUAUAUACUACUUUAUUUGUUAGUUUAUUGUUGAGAAAAUUGUAAAUUAAUCUUCUCAAAGUUCGGUAAUGACAAAAUUUCAA